AUGGAAGGGCUCGACGUCGACGACGUCUUCCAGCACUGCCGGCUGAACCCUACGGAAGUGGAGGCCGUCACCUACUACCUGCCACGCCUCCUCUCCGGCGAGACGCUGCACGGUGCUGAGAAGCUCAUCCACAGCGUCGAAAUCUCCGGCUGCGAGCCCAAGGAUCUCGCCGUCCGAUACGCGCCCGCGCCGCAGGCCUUGAGCAGCGGCGACCGGUUCUUCUUCACCACGUGCAAGAGCAAGAACGGGAGCAAACUACAGAGCGUGCGCACCGCCGGCAGCGGCACCUGGACCAUCCAGAAGACCACGGAGAUUAGCCACGCGGGAGACAAGGUCGGCGAGGUCAAGAACCUGUCGUUCAAGAAGAAGGGCAAGUCCACCGGCUGGGUCAUGGAGGAGUACCGGUGUCUGCUGCCGGAGGCCACCGUCGCCGAGGGGGUGAAGGUGUUCUGCAGGAUGCACUUGGCUCAGCAUGCUCCUGCCGCCGCUCGCCAAGAAUCGGCCGCGUACAUCCUUCAAGAACCUCAGCCAGAGGCCGCGACUACGAGCACGCACGCACAGAAGAGGCCAGCGCCCGCCGCCGCCGCCGAUCCUCACCCCCCACGCCCCAACAAGAGGAUGUGCGUUGCCACACCAUCCUUCACCGCUGCUGCACCGGUUUUCUUGCCGGAUGAGUCAAUACCUGAAGCUGACGACGACGACGAAACUCUCAGGGUGGGAGCUACAGAGAACAUCUCUCCGCUCGAAGCUGAAGAGAACAUCGAACAGUCUCACUACUCUGAACUAGACGAGGAGCUGCAGUUCCUACUCGAUGAAGCAGCAGCAGAGCAUGAGCGACAGGCCGUCCCUGAAGCAGAGUGGCAGGCUAACGAGGCGCUCGGAAAGGAUGGGGAGGCAUAUGGCUUUGAUAUCGAAGAACUAAAGAGAAUGAUGGAAGCCGACGAUGCGCUCGGGGAGGAUGGGGAAGCAGAUGGUUUCUAUAUUGAAGAACUAACGAGAAUGAUGGAAGCCGACCCAAUUGAAGUCACUGGAGCCAAAACUGGCGUGGAGAUGGACCAACGGGAACCUCUGUACCUGGAUUGCUUGGACCAAGUCAUGCUGGAGGACAUGCUGGAGGAUCGGGCCAUGCACAACCCUGCCUUCCGUGAUGCUGAGAAGGAGGAGAGGCACAAUGACGCGCCGGAUCUUGACGCACCAUCACUUGAGGGACACGACCACUUGUUCAAAUUGCCGCCGAGCUUCUUCGAUCCAUUUGAAGCAGCGUGGAAGGCCGAAGAGGCGCUCGAGAACGAGAUGAGGAACAAUACCGCGGCCAAUCUGCUUGGAGGAUACGACAACUUCUUCUCGUCUGCAAGUGUCCAUUAA